AUUUCCGCGUCCUGCUGGUGAAAGCCUGAUUCAUUUUCAUAAUCCUUUUGACGCUGUCCUUGAGCCACUGGGGAUUACAAAGCCAAAACAUGCUUCUCCCAUUUCUUUACCACGUCGCCAGUAUUUUCAUAUUUGCUGGCCCAAUUAAAGCCGCCACAUGCUAUAAUCCCGACCGAACCGUAGCGUCAAACUCUGUGCCCUGCAGCAGCGAUCAAACUACCUUUUGCUGCAUGACGGGCGCGAUCUGUCUCAGCACCGGCUAUUGCCUCAGUGUGGCCACCCAGCCCUUAAUGCUAUAUCGUGGAUCCUGCACGAAUUCUGAAUGGGGAAGCUCCUGUGCUUAUUACUGCGUGAAUUAUCAGACCGGUACAAACGCCCCAAUUGUCAGCGUGGGACUGAAUGACAACAGCCGGGCAAUUUACUGCUGCGGCUAUCAAAGCGAAUAUAGCAAUGCUACUAGAUGUUCUAAUGGAGAUGCUCCAUUUGUGCUCGAGGAUGGCAAUAUGAUCUUUGGUCGGGCCGCGUUAUUCAAUGCUACGGCUAGUCGGCCCGAUCCGUCCUCCACAAGUGCUUCAGUUGCGUCCAUGACCGGGACCACUAAUACCGCGGGCGGAAACGAAGAGUGCCACUCCCCCCACAGCAACAGCACGGCAAUCGGGGUUGGCGUCGGCGUUCCACUGGGCGUUCUGGCUCUCUGUUCCUUGGCUUGGGCUCUUACUGAGCGACGACGAAGUAGGUCAAACCAACGGACCGAUACUGGAGCCGCACAAGAGACUGGACGGGUGUAUAUGCCUCCGCGGCGAAAAUGUGGUCCAACGGAAUUGGACCAUCCGACCAGUACGAACUCUGAUUCCUUGGUCAACUCCCCUGUUGUGGAGAUUAUGGGAUCUGAAGCACGACGAGAAUAGAGUGAUGCUUAGUUCGUCAAGACCCAAGUCAGGUAAUUGUUUGAAGUUGAUGUAAUACAUGUGUUGAGAUCAAUCAAUACAAUAGUAAUUUCGUACAUCUAAUUUCAUGCCUGCAUCUCGGCCUAUUCUUCGCAGGCUCAUUUUUUAAAGUGGAUAUUUCCUGCUCCAGGUGUAAUGCCUGCAUUCGCGUCUGC